GUGAAAUUGUAAAUAUUUUUAUUUUAUGGAGUGCAGAAAACAUAAAUAUUUGCGAAAAACUUUAUAGUUCAGUAUAAAGAAAUUUUGAAAAUGGCAGAUACAGUAAUAGUCCUUAGCUCUGAUGAAGAAGACUCAGAGCAUAAUGCUUCGAAAUGGGAAAGGGGAAUAUCAAUGAAUGUUCCGUUGCAAGUACUAAGGCGUAAAGUGAUAGAAAUAUUAUUUCAGUACAACUCUGGUGGCUUUGGUAUUUUUCCCUACGAUAAACUUCGAGAAUUUGUCGGAGAAUUUCAAAAGGUUCUUAAACUCUUAGAUAAAAGCUCUAUUCCAAAGAUGAAAUUUUUUUGGAAAACCAUUAUACAAUGGGUAAUGGCAAUUAAAAUGGCAUUUACUGGAAAUGUCGGAGAUUUGAAAGAGGAUCUAAAAUUGAAUAUUUUACUCACUGAUAUAAUGGCUGAAUACGUGAUGUUUAAGUGUAAUAUAACGUUGAAAUUAUCGAAUGAUAAAGCUGAAACCGAAAACUCUGCUAAUUGUAUUAUCCGUAUAUUGAGUAUGGUAUUCAGCAGAAAUAUUUCAUUUAUACAGAUGACGAUGUUAAAAGUUGCAAUUAUUCCAAAAUAUCAUGACAUUUUAAAUCCUAUAUUUUUAAAAUGCAUGUCAGAUGAAGAACAUCCAGUUAAUGAAGAUCUUAUAUCAUAUUUGCGAGUCAUAUUUUAUUUUAGGCAGUGGAAAAAUCUUUGUAGCACAAAAGAGGAGAAAGAAAAAAUUAAUAUCUUAGCUGUAGGACUGUCCAAAAAAGCUUUGAGAAGUAGUAAUACAAUAGAUUUAGUAUCAGAUACUGUGUUACCCAAAUAUGUUCCACCAGUAAAUGAAUUAAAUAAUUCAUUUCCAUCUAUAAGUGAUUUAAUUAAAUUUGCUAUGGAUAAAGGAAAUUUUGGAACCAGAAUAUUAUUAAUUAAUAAAUCGUUAAAUCUUAAAGAAGCUAUUGAAAGAUAUUUUAAACAACUUGAACGCUAUAUAAGUUGGGUGGAUUUCCAAGCUUACAGCUUAGAUGAUAAGGACUACGAUUAUACUAGUUCAAAUUUGAAUACCAUAUUGUUAACAAUCAAUAUAAAAGUUCCAUUUUUAAAAUUUUGUUGGAUUUAAAUUUUUUAAAUUUAAGUAUAAAUUUAUCAUGUAUUGUCUUUUUACAUUGAUUAGUAGAAACAAUACGUGGGAAUGAUAUUUAAAAUAGUUUUAAAUUUUUUUUUUCUUAGACCUUUUUGUAAAAGUUAAAAGUUUUUACACAAAUUGUGAACUAAUUAAUAGAAAAAUUAUUUUAUAUAACAUGAAGUAAUAAUUACAAUUACCUUAUUAUCUUCAAUCAACACUGUUGCUGAUAAAAUAACCGGUAAAUAAGCCUAUAAGUCAUAUUAAACGUUUAACAUAAAAGUAUAUCGGCUCAAAUUGUGUUCAACUGGGUUCUUAGUAGAUUGAAAAUACAUGAAAAUAUUGAAAACAUCACAAUGGAACACAAUCACAUCAAGUGUGUUUAAUAUUGCAUAACACGAAUGUCAACAAUAAAUAGUUGAAGCAAUUGUUACAAUGAGGAGAAAUUAUAUGAAACUAAUGAAAUCAUUUCAUUAAUACAGCUCCUAAUAUAAAACUUUUUCUAGACAAGAAAGCUCAGUACGGUGUGACUGUAAAGAAAUUAAAUUGUGUAUUGAUAAAAAUUAUAAGGAUAUGCAGUUGAUAUUUUCAUUUGUGUAUUCAUAUUUAGCAAUUGAAAUGUUCAGGAAUUUAAUUGGUUGCAAAUUUUUGGUAAGUAUAAAUGUACAACAUUGUAGUUGUAAUAAUAAAAUCAGCAAUCAACACUAAAAAACAAUUAUAAGAUGGUAGAAAAAAUUUUGAAUUUAAAUUUAAAUUCAAUAUUAAUAAAAGGAAAGCCAAAAAAAGUAAAGAAAAAACAAAAAUCUAAGACCCAAUUUUAUAUCAAGAUUCCUGUAGGAUAUGUUUUUAAAAAUGUUAUUAAAUAAGAACACAUUUUGUUGAAUAUAAUGAAGCGCAAAAACUAACUAAAUUAUAAAAUAAAUGGCUUUCUCAUAUGAUAUUUAAAAAAAACUAUAGCAGAAAAAAUUUAUACAGAAAAAGUUACAUAUUCAGUGGAACAAAAAUAAAUACAUGGGAAAUGGUAGCUCAUUCAACCAAUACACGAUAAAAUUAAUCAAUACACACUUAGAAUUUCUAGUCAAUUUUUGGAAAAUGUUACACGCACAUUAUUCCUUAAAAUGAAAAAUUGAGUUCUGUACAAAAUUGGAAAACAAAAUAAAAAUAAAAAUUUAUUGUUUUUCAAAUAUGCGUAAGCAAAAUAAAAUUAUUUCAUUAUUCCAUUUCAUAAAUCCAACAAUGAAUUAAAUUUAAUUAAUUAAACUAAAGUGCGAUGGGUUUCAAAACAAUGAAAGGCGACAUCAUCAGAACAAUGAAGAUAAGACACUUUAAAAAAGAUAUUUCAAAAGGAGGAAGCACAUCUUUUGAAAUGAAAAAUCUUUAAUAAAUCUCAAAUUUAGGGUAUCAAUCAACUUUUUAUAUUUAUUUGAAAUAUGACAUCAAAUGUUUCUUCAAUCAACCAUGCUUGUCUUCAACUGAAUCAAUUUUGAACGAAUCAUCCACAAUUAAUGUGAUCUUCAAUCAACACACUAUCUUCAAUCAACAUUGUCUUCAAUCAACUCUAUAUCUAAUUAAUUUUCUUCAAUCAACUCUAUAUAAUAUUAAUUGUCUUCAAUCAACUCUAUAUCCUAUUAAUUGU